AUUCGGGACGCAGCUGCAAACGUUUGCGCAGCCGAGAACGCGCAGAUUGUGAUCAUGUGACUAAUGGUCAUGGUAGGAAUCGGAGUCAGCCAAUGAAAACGCGCGUACUAUCCCCGCUCGAGGCUGCGUGAACAAAGAGACAAAGCUACUUCGUUUGCGUCGACGCUCGCUGCUACUAGAAAGUCGUUGGCAAUCGGUGGGUGCGGUCGUCCGGCGAGUCGGAAAGACGCUCGUGGGUUUAGGUUUCGCGAGAAAGUUGUAUUGUGGUUAUAAAGGUGUACGGAGUGAAACGGCGUGGGAGAGUCAUCGAUUUUCGUAAUUCAUGAUCUCAACGAUUUUCACUAAAAUUUUGGAGAAACGAUUCGGAACGAGCUAACGGCAGAAAGAAAAAAAAUUAAUUAGAUACAAUCCCGAUAUUCCUGACUCAUAACGGAUUAUAUCCAGCCGUUACUUCAGUGAAAGAUUCUGACAAAUUCUCAAAAUUUUGUUUCGUAAAAGAUCGUUAGCGGUACAACAAAACGUUAUUCAAUAUAUCAGGAGAAGAAUAAUCGGAGCAAGGGCCGAAUUUUUCGUCGCGCUGGAGCAUCGACGAGGAAAUAUUCACCGUGAUCAUACGACGUGGCGUCGCCGCCAUUUUGUGAAGACUCCAGUGCGCGUCCCACGAACAACAACGGCCUCAUUCGUGCUGUGACCUUUUCGAAUCACGGAAGAAACGGAGGAGGAAGCGGAUCGGUGUAACAUCGAUCAAAAUAAUUGUAUUAUAUAUCAUUCGUCCUGGGUCACAUCGCAUAGCAACCAUGAGACUGGAAAUCGUGUCAGCGGCGGAUUUUUUGGUGCAUCUACUGCGUCUGCAGACAGGCCAGCUAUCUGAACGACAGCUGGAGAUGUUCAAAUCAUCAUUGACGGAGGUUCUACGACACCGUUACAGGGACCACUGGUUUCCAGAUCGUCCGAAUCGUGGUUCCGGUUACCGUUGCAUACGUAUCAACGGUAAAAUGGAUCCGGUUAUCGCGCAGGCAGGUGCGAAUGUCGGUCUGUUACCGACGGUACUGCACAGUUUGUUCCCGAGCGAGCUGACCAUGUGGAUCGAUCCGUCGGAAGUCUCGUACAGAAUCGGAGAGAACGGAUCCAUUUGUGUUUUGUACGAGCGCACGGAACCGGACCCGGAAGAGUUCCAGCAGCACCAGCACCAGCACCAACAUCAACAUCAACACCAACAUCCACAUCAUCAACAUCAUCAACAACAGCAGCAACAGCAAUUCGAAAGUUGUAAAGACUCGUUAUUGCUGGAACACUCGCAGUUCAGCGAGCAAAUCGCUGCGUUCGUUUCCAGUUGAAGCUUUCUCGUCGAUACGAGUUCAUCGAUGCGACGGCGCUAGCGUCUCGCUUCGUUUCCAUUGGACGUGCAUCACGCUCUCGGACUGAUCAAAGCACACACGUUUUUAUUUUUUUUUUCGUGAUAUAUGUGAUUGCGAUUUUUUUCUGGUCAGGUGAAAGUUUGACUCGUGCAUGAACGCGCAAGUGCUACUCUGUUUGGUGUGUCUCGAUAGAAGAUCCGGCUUUGAUCGUUUCCAAGGAAACAGCAGCCGACGAGGCGACCGGAAAAGUGUGAAAAAAAUGGGCAAACUCCGGUGGAGCUAUGUCAGCCCGACAAAUUGAUCUCAGCCCCCCCUCUCCACCUACGUACUUCCGUUAAUCCUGGAAGGAAGCUACCCCUGGGGUGGGGAACAACGAACCAGUCUGACCCCUCCCCUCUGGUCUCGAGAGAGGAAAAAGCAAAACGAGCCUCUCUCUCUCCCCCUCGAGAAGAAUUCAACUCCAGCAACGUGUUUUAUCGUCACAAAUCUUUUUUCUUCCACGAAGUCUCUUGGUACGUUCUCCCCUCCUACGGCGAAGAGGAAUAAAAAUCGAGCAACAUCCGCGCUGGCAUUCUCUCUUCUCGUCAAGGAUUUGUUUUCUCCCUAACCUCGCAUUAUCAAUGCAAAUUACCACCGAGCCACACGCAACCAUCCGACAACAUUUUCAACGGUUCGAGAACAAGAGGAAGAAGAAAAGAAGUUAACCACCUUAUCGAUGUAUCUUUCACAAAAUUCUUUUUCGAGUAUUUUUUCAUACGACGCUUGCUAUUGGUAUAAUCAUGUCCACCCGUUCUUGGAUCGUCCAUCAGAGCAUCAGUUUUAUUGGUCGUUGGCCAGUCGAGCGGUUCUCAAGCCCGGCCCACACAUGUUACACUUCAUAGGUACUCUCCUCCGAUCACAAGAAGCCGUCUCGCGAGUUCUUGCGAUCGGAGGACACGGUACAACCUUCAAACAAAACGCGUGAGUUUAUAUGUACAUAUAUGUAGGUAUUAUAUAUGUGAAAAAAGACGAUGUAUACGUGUAAGCGUUACGAGAGCGAAGCUUACGCUUAUAUGUCGUGUCGAAUUGUAUAUUAUCCGUUUUCUGUGAGCAGAGAGAGAUUGCAAACGAGACAUAGCGUGUGUGUGCGAGAAAAAGAGAGAGUUGAAGAUAGAAGGAGAUGUGAUUGUGAGGGAGAAAGACAUAACCAACAUAUAUGAAGUAAACAACUGUGAUUUUCUUCGCAUGAAGGGAGAGGGAGUGGUUUCGUGCAUGUACCAUAUUAAUUAUCUUUUCUGGUGUUUCGAACGUGACGAAGAGCGAAGAAUGAAUGUUAGUGCGAAUGAGGAAUAAGCAACAGUGAAUUUCAUCGCGUAGCUAUCUAUCUUACCCACGAAUUUGCACUUUGACAAUAACUUUAUGGAAUCGGCUGUCAUUUUGCAAUUAUUUAAUUUUUUUUUUUUUCAAUGUUUACUUAAACAAUUUCAUUAAUAGAUAUAUCCUUUACUCGUUGCAAUAUGUGUACGAUGCAAUAGAAAUCUAUAAGUGUACGAAUUGAAGGAUACAGAUAAUUACGUUGUAGUUUGCAAACUUAAACGUUGCUUUCAAGGAAAAAAAGGGAGCGCGAUUUUAUUCGUACUUUGCACAAUUGUAAAGGAUACCACAGGUAAUAAUUUUGCAAAAUUAUAGCGCUCAUUUCAUUAAAAUAAAGAAGAAACUCAUUAUUUUAUUUUUAUUUUUUUUAAAUAAUAACCAUAUUCAGACAACAAUCGGUAAAAAAAAACUACGUUUUACGGGAUUUGACCUCGCGAAUCGCGGUUUAGUAAUUCUAGUUUUCCACUACUUUAAAAUGAAUUGCUUAUUUCGAUCAAAAAUUCAAAUAUAAAAAUUUCGAACGUUUAUUAUCGUAGAGAAGACCGCGCUAUGAUAUUGUAAAUGUCUUUUAUAAUUUUGCAAACUUAAAAGAUCCUGCGUUUCCCUCUUAUGCACGUAUAUGUAUAUGUAGAUUGUACCGUUCUUCAAGUUUCUCCGGUGGCGUGUCUGGUUUACACGUUAACAAAGAUACCAUCAUCGGUAAGUCAUUUCUUUUAUUUUUAUUUUUUCUGGUAAUAUAUUCGCUUCUUAGUAAGCUUUGAAUCAUGGUGCGUAAGUGGUGUGCCGUUCGUCUGAGGUGACAAUACUGAACCGUGUACAAGUGUCGUGUGAAUAUAAUAUUAAAAAAAAAAAAGAGAAAAGAAAGAAAUAAAGAGAAAAUGGAAACAGGGGAGGUACUUGUCGAAUCAGGAAGCUCUGUAUGUAGCGAUUAUAUAGAAAAACCGUGUCUGUGAUUAUGCUAAAAGUAGAGAGACAAUAUGAACAAUCUCUAAUUACGCGAACGACCUAAUUAGAGGCGCGUGUAUUCGUGAUACAUAACACGCGUACACGUGUCUGUAUAUUCCUGAUAUGUAUAAAUAUGUUUAUAUCAAUGAGUAUGAGUGGCAAUUUUAAACGAAUUUUUAGAUUAAUUUCUUUUCUUCUAACGAACAAUCUUUUGUAUAUGAAUAUUACUUACACUUUUUAAAAAUAAGAUUUAAUCCUUUCAAUUUAGUUCUUCGAUAUUCAAAUAACAGUUGCAAUAUAACGAUACGAUACGAUAAGUAGUUCGAUUAAAAUUGCUAAAUAUACUCAACUCGAGAUAGGGAAAAAAAAAACAAGAAAGAGAAACCUGUAUUCGCUGUUUUCAUUUGGAAGAUCGACCGCUGAAAAAUCUGUCGAAAGUAAGACAAGAAAGAGGAGAAAGUGUGAGAGUCGAACGGCGACAUGGAUAAUAUCUCGUACACCAUAAUAUACAGUCCUUCAAACUAUAUGUAUGUUGCAAUAAAACAGGAAAGUUUCAAGAUUCAAGGUUUCAAGAAUCGAAUUCUAAAAUAUCGAAAUUUAAAUUUUAGGCUUCUACGAUUCGAAUUCUGAAAUUCUAAAAUUCAGAUUUUUCUUUUCCAAAGUUCAAUUUCUAAAGGUUCAAAAUUUUAAAUAAAUCUCUGCCAGUGAAGCCGAUUUUCCUUCGCUUUUUACUGUGACAUUCAUAAAUAGCGUAGCCUGUAGAAGUUACAAAGAUGUUUCUUUCUUUUAAAUUCUCCUUUGUUUCGACGCCAUCGGAAAUCGAAAUUUCAACCAAAAUAAAAGAUCCGCAGCGAGACAAAUUUGCGAGAAUGAAGGGCGAAAGAAGUGCAAAACAUUGUUUCACGAGUGAAUUGUAAUUACUAUAUAUACAUAUAUAUGUAUAUGUAUACAUACAUAAACAUAUAUUAUAUAUACAUAUAAUUAUAAAUAUAUAUAUCUUGUAACUAUACAUAGAGUUCUUCAGGAAGAAUUUGUACAAACCCGCUGGAACAAGGCACCAGCAAGUCUGUGAUUUUAGCUUGGUUAAUUCAGUAUUUUUUUAAAUAAAACGAGACAAAAUCAAGAUAAACGAUAAAAAAAAAAAAGAAUAAUAAAGAUGAAGAAAGGCAAGAUUCGAAAGUUCUGCAUGAGGAACAAGCAUAUAUUGGGUAUGGUUGUUUACUGUGUUCAUAUGGGAGGGAUGCUUGUGGGAGAAAAGGGAGGGAAUAUUGCAAAUUGCAGACGGAAUGAUAUAAUUAUUGCGUGUAUAUUUGAUAGAGUUAUUUGUAUAAAAAAAAGAAUACUAAUCACUUGCACGCUGCGUUGCAAACGAAGAAUUUUAAAAGCGUUGUCUAUCACAGAUUUUUGAUAAAAAUUGUAAAUAUGGUAUUUAAUGCGAUGCGUUUCAAUCGUAAGUUAAGCCGUGCAAAUACGAGAAGCGAGAAUAUAACUUUUUUUUCUGUUCAGUUAUAAGCGAUAAACAGAAUGUUUAUUUCAAUUUUCAACAAAUAUAUAUAUAUAUACAUAUAUCUUAUUUAAUACAUUUUGCAUAGUUGGUAAUUAGAAGGUUAGAUAAAUUAUUUAAAUAAUUUAAAUAAUUUUGAAAAUCAAUUAAAAUUUUCAUUUGUACAUUUCAAACAUAAUUAAAAUUUGGACUCUGUCCAUUUCAUGGGGGUCUACUAUCCAAGGGUUAAUAGAGUUUUGAAUAUUCUAAUUACCGAAAUUGAAUAUUUGAAAUAUUCAGUGCAAUCUUACACUUUUAACAUUCAGAAUAUUCAGAUUUCUCCGAAUGUGAUUUUCCAACUAUCAAAAAUUUUCAUUUAAUUAAUUCAUCGACUUUACCAGUAUCGCUUUGCGUAAGUGCACGUUAAAAAUGUCUAAUUACGAUAAUGAAAUUGCAAGUUGAAUUUGUACAAAUUUUUACGGGAUAGUUAGUUCCGUUGGCAUUUUCCAUAGGGCGCGUGUGUUCCCUCCGCUUUCGAUCGUGAGAAUGAGAACGUAAGAGAGUUUGAAAUUUGUAGACGAAUCGUAAACAUUUAAGCGUACAUGCCGUGUGUCUUUCUUUUUCCGUGAACAUUAUUAUUCUUGUUGGGACACCAGGAAGGAGAAUGCACGAGAAAGGAGGGUAUGAUUUUUCGAUGAGGAAGAAAAAUAGAGAAAAAUAAGGAAUUUUUUCCGUGAGCGUGUAAGCGAGAUGAUAGAGAGUAUGGGAGAGAGAGAGAGGAUGAGGGUGAAGAAACAAAAGAUAAAUAAAGAAACAGAGGGAUGGACAGGAAGAGAGCGUGAGAGACCCGGCAGGGGUGCUCGACUCGGGUAUAUUUAAGGCCGUGGGUCCCAUCGUGGUAAUAUUAUUGUGAUGCCGAAUUAUUGUAGUGAUUUUAAUACGCAGUCGAGCUAGAGAGAUAAAAAUGAAUACACUGACCCAAGGUCAUCGAGAUCCGAAUUCGGCGACCCUGUUGGAUAGUGCACAAGAUAUAACAUUCGUUCAUACACACAUACACGUACACAUGGCAAAUUAACCCUUUAUUGGAAUUGAUAAUUUUUCAGAAGUGAUAAUAAACAUUUGCAAGAUUUAUUUGGUUAAAAAAAAACAGCAAAAUUGAAUCAUUUACAAUAAAUAUUGAACAUCGAAGUCCUAAGUCAGUACAGAAUAUUGGGGCUUUCUCCAUGGUCCGCCGGCGGAGGGUUGAAGAAUUCUCGAUCAUUGAGGGGUUAAUUUUCAUUGGAAUUUUGUAUCAUAAAUGAAAUUGAUUUUAUCGAUGUAUACACGUACAAAAACACAUUGCACACACACACAGACACAAACAACACAUUGACGAAGAUACAUAGACCAGACAUGAGAAAACAUACAACAUACACUCUCGAAUCUGUAGACUGUAGGUUUACUAUUAAUUAUUAUGGAUUAUAAUUAUUAUAUCUAUUAUAUCAAUGUAUAAUUAUAUUUAGUUUAUAGGUUACUAUGUCUAUCAUUUCCCGCUUGUAUAUAUGCCGUGAGCUCGAAAAAAUUCAAACUUUAUCGAAAGAAAAAUCUAUAAUUUUUUCGACUUUUUUUGUACAGAAAUAAUAAAAACAAAAAGGCCUCGUGCUUAUGAAAUUUCAUGAAUACAAAA